CUCUAACUGAAAGGUAUAAAUAAUGAGUUAGUUUGAUCAUCAAUAUAUGUCAGAGCAAAAGCUCUCCUGUAACUCCAGGAUAUAUUAUUUUAUGCCUUUUAUUAUUUAUAUUUUAACAUAUCUUUCUUGCAAUUCUUUUAUGCUUAUUCUUUGUUAUUUUCUUUCUGUUUUUUCUUUGAUGCCAUGUAAAGCACUUUCGAUUGCCUUGUGUAUGAAUGGUGCUAUAGAAAUAAACUUGCUUUGCCUUAUUAGAACUUCUAUUGAUACGUUUAAUGAUAAGUUGUGUCACUUAAAACAAACGUGGGUUUCCCAUCCUUUUCUGUAAUCUUUCAUUAUAAAGUGUUUGACAUAUUACAAUUUCUAGCUGAACUUUGGUUUCUGAGGUUUUCCUGAUUAACAGUGAUCAGGGUAUAUCAGUAGGUAGUCAGCAGAAAAAGUCUGGAAGAAUUAUUUUCACAGCUGUAGUUUUAGUUUGGUGGAUGAGAUGAUAUUGCAUUUGUGUCUUGUCUUUUUUUAUUCUGUUCCCGGGCUCUUUGUUCUUAUCAAGCUGUAAGUCAGCUAAAAUAAUCAUAGAUUAACUAAAAAGUCUUUCUGGACUGCUUCUUAUUUGGCUUUCUGUCCCAGGUCAAGCGAUGCCACCUCCGGGCAGUGCAGAUUCAGGUUCUGAUGAUCCUCCAUCUGAAUCCUCAGACACAGCAACCUCUGAACCCAAAACAUACCUGGUCAUGAGCGGAGGAGAAGGUUACAUUGACUUUAGAAUCGGCGAUGAAGGCAGCGAGCUGGACGGUUUAUCCGAGCAGGCCAGCAGCCAGCCGGUGGCGCCCGCCAAGGCCGAGCGAAGCCACCUCAUCGUCUGGCAGGUUGCCACCCCUCAUGAGUGAAAAACAUCGCAGAUUGCUGCAUCAGCCGCGGGGCCCUCCAGCAAGCCCGCAUGUCCCGCUUCGUUUUUUUUUUUUUUUUUUUUCCACUAUCCUCUUUGCCUGAGUAAACAACUUCUUUGUAAAGAAAACAAAAUGACAACAACAAAAAAUACUAAUUAUUUUUAUUCAGUGUUUUGUACCAUUUUAUUCCUUAUGAAUUUAAAACCAGGAAGCUCAUGUUUAUGUUAACGUAAAAGAAACCGUCCAGAUGUCCGCGCUGCUGAGUUGCACUUCAGCAUGAUUAGUCCGAUCAUGUUAAUGUUUACCUAAAGGGUUUGAAAAUGAAAGGUAAAAGGGAUAUUUUAGUAGUUUUCUGUUAAGUAAAGCCUUUUUUUCUGCAUAAUUAGAAUCAAACCUAAUGGGAAUAAACCUUGUUUCAGAGACUGUUUUAUCAUCUAGGUUGCCACAUGAAGAAACAUCCAUGCACUUUGGUAAGGUUUCCUUGUGAAUAGAAGAACCAGGUUAGCAUUAGUUUGCAUGAGGAAGUCCUGUGUCCUCACUAAAAUAUGUGCUCGGCCACCCUGGAGCUAAACCUCCAUCCCAUUGGUGAAAAAACAUGGCCGCCGGUGCCGUCAGCUCACUGCUUCCUGUUUGCUUCAGCUCAAUGGCACUUUAAAAUGUUAAAUGUUAGUCACAUAAUAAAGUCUGGAGGAAUACAAGUGUAAGUAAUGUAAUCUACUGUGUCCUGAUUCUAUGAAGGGAGAAUUAAAAGGUUCAAAUUUUUGUUUGCUAGGAUUUUACAGUAACCAAAUGUUGGAGGAAGAAGACGAAAGGUCAUGACUCUUUUUUUAUUUGCUAGUCGAGGGAUUUUUGAGUUAAUUGGUUGUAUUAGAUUUUAUUACAGGGGACCACACAACACUAAAGAGAGUCUCCCAUUAUUUCUCCUUCUCUCUUGUUUUUUUAUUUGUCCUUGUACUGAAGGUCUUAAAGGCAAUUAUGAAGUUUUUAUUGUUAUUUUGACAUUUUGAGUUCCUUUGGGAGCUACUUAAUGAAAUGAGUGUUUUAAUGACUGACUGUAAUAUGAUAGCAAGAUGGCUGUACGAUUUCAGAUGUUUUAAUUUGUUUUUAUAUCAAAAGAGCGGGGGCCAAGUUUGAUCCCAAGUCCAUUUCAUAGCAGUAACGUUAUAUUGUGUGUGUGUGCCAUUCCAGUAUUUAUUUUCUCCUUUGUUAAGGAGCCCAUUUGGGCUCAGAAUGUAACUUUCUACAUGAACAAAAUAUCAUAGGAGGCUAUUGUAAACAACAUAGUCCAAUGAGUUUACAUGAUUGUUAAUAAUGGUUAAAUAAAAUAGAUUAAUGCAAACAA